UAAAAAUUCUAGAAAACUGAAUUCGUUACGGAACGGAAUCAUUGCUUAAUUAGAUCUCAGAUUCAAAUGAAGAUAAAACUAUUGAGAUAAAAGUGUCAUUCAUUUCACAUAUUACAGUGACUAAAACUUAUUCUAUUUGUUCAUCGUUAAAUCACGUAAAAUCUCACAUAAAAUUAUUCUCUUCUACACUCCAUUGUAUUUAAUAAAAUAUUCCAAAAAAUUUUAUGGCCUUUGUGUGAACCUUUAUUGAUCACCUCGUAGCCACUACGGACAAUCGAAACCUAUUUGUCAAAUGACACAAAAACGAACAUCUGCCGAUGGAGGUAAAGAAAAACAGCAGUUAUCGGAUUACUGCAUUUCAAGGUGGAGUGAACCGCGCUCGGAGAUAAAGCGAUACGCCGAAAAGAUACAGUUGAUAAGGCUCCUGCUCACCGGCGCGCUAGAAGGCUGCGGGCGCGCAGAGCUCACCGCCGGCGAGGAGUCGAGACGAGACGAGACGAGACGAGAGGAGCGCCGACAUGUCGGGGUCCGUGACGGUGUCUGUGCGGCAGGGUGCGCUGCGCGGGCGACGCGACAAGACGCCCUCCGGCCAGCCCUUCCUUAGCUUCCAGGGCAUCCCCUACGCGCAGCCGCCCGUCGGACAUCGCCGCUUCAAGCCACCAGUGCCUCUUGAAUCAUGGACGGGGAUUCGCGAUGCCACCAAGCCAGGCAAUCAAAGUCUUCAAUACGAUCCCACCAGCAAGAAGAUUGUAGGAGACGAAGACUGUUUGUUCCUGAAUGUGUUCACCCCACGUCUUCCCACUGGUCGCAAAGAAGAGAGGCUACGGGCAGUGCUCGUUUGGAUUCAUGGGGGAGCUUUCCUGCUGGGUUCAGGUGACUUAUAUGGGCCCGAGCCUCUUAUGGAGCAUGAUGUGGUGCUUGUGACGAUUAACUACCGUCUAGGACCCCUAGGCUUUUUGGGCUUGGGAACAGCGGAGGCACCAGGCAAUGCUGGACUGAAAGAUCAAACAAUGGCACUGCGUUGGGUGAAGAAUAACAUUCAUGUAUUCGGGGGAGACCCAGACAACAUCACAAUCUUCGGAGAGAGUGCAGGGGGCACUUCAGUGCACUAUCAAGUUCUUAGUCCUCUUUCUAAAGGCAAGUAUAAAAAUUGA